AUGCCUCACUCUUUCGGUCUCCGUGCUCGCACCCGUCACAUGUUCUCGCGCAAGUUCCGCGACCAUGGUGCUAUCCCCUUGUCUACCUACUUGACCAUCUACAAGACUGGUGACAUCGUUGACAUCAAGGCCAACGCUGCUGUCCAGAAGGGUAUGCCCCACAAGUUCUACCACGGUCGCACUGGUGUCGUCUACAACGUCACCAAGUCCGCUGUUGGUGUCAUCAUCAACAAGCGUGUUGGCAACCGCUACAUCGAGAAGCGUGUCAACAUCCGUGUUGAGCACAUCAAGCACUCCAAGUGCCGUCAGGAGUUCUUGGACCGCGUCAAGGAGAACGCCCAGAAGAAGCAGGCUGCCAAGGAUGCUGGUGUUAUCGUCAGCAUGAAGAGAGCUCCCGUCCAGCCUCGCACUGCCCGUUACGUCUCUACUGCUAAGAACGUUCCCCAGACCAUCACUGCCAUCCCUUACGAGACCCUUUUGUAA